GCGAGAUUAAAUUACAAUUCCAGUUUCCUCCUUCUCCAUUCGAGCUUUGCUUCUUUCUCCCUCUUCCCCCAUCGAAUCGGUCGUUUCGCUCUUUCUUCUCCGGGAUCGCCCCGGGAUCUCUCUCUCUUAUCUCCUUCCUCCUCGCCUCGCGCAAUGGCUAAGGCGAGCGGCGAGGUCGCCGCGUGCCUACUCCUAGCACUUCUGCUCGUCUUGUUGCCCUCCGCCCGCGCCUUCUACCUCCCUGGCGUCGCUCCCCGCGAUUUCCGUAAGGGCGAUGAAUUACAAGUUAAAGUGAAUAAACUUUCCUCCACUAAGACACAGCUUCCAUAUGAUUACUAUUUCUUGGAUUACUGCAAACCUUCGAAAAUAAUGAACAAUGCUGAAAAUUUGGGGGAGGUCCUUCGUGGUGAUCGCAUAGAAAAUUCUGUUUACACAUUUAAAAUGAGAGUUGAUGAGGGUUGCAAGGUAGCUUGUCCAGUAAAACUCAACACAGAAACUGCUAAGAACUUCAAGGAGAAGAUUGAUGAUGAGUAUCGUGUAAACAUGAUUCUGGACAAUCUACCCCUUGCAGUUGUUAGGCAGCGGAGAGAUGGAAGUCAAGCUACUAUCAUCGAAAAUGGUUUCCGUGUUGGAUACAAGGGGAGGGACAAUAAAUAUUACCUCAGUAACCAUCUUAGUUUCAAAGUCAUGUACCAUAAGGAUGUGGAGUCUGAUGAAGCUAGGAUUGUUGGUUUUGAAGUUAUUCCAAGCAGUGUGAAGCAUACAUACACUGAAUUGGGUGAUAAGAACCUUAAAGUUACCACAUGCACCUCUGAGAGCAAAAUAUCCCCUGGUGGCAAUCCACCUCAAGAAGUAACUGCUGACUCAUAUGUUGUUUUUUCUUAUGAUGUUACCUUCCAGCCCAGUGAGAUCAAAUGGGCUUCUCGUUGGGACACUUACCUUCUCAUGAAUGAUGAUCAAAUCCACUGGUUUUCUAUCAUUAACUCUUUAAUGAUAGUUCUCUUUUUAUCGGGCAUGGUCGCCAUGAUUAUGCUGAGGACUCUUUACAGAGAUAUAGCCAACUACAACCAGCUAGAGUCACAGGAUGAGGCCCAGGAAGAAACAGGAUGGAAAUUAGUUCAUGGGGACAUCUUCAGACCACCGCUUAACUCUGGGCUUCUUUGUGUGUACAUAGGAACCGGAGUUCAAUUCUUUGGAAUGACGUUGGUUACUAUGAUUUUUGCAUUGUUGGGUUUCCUUUCUCCCUCCAACCGUGGGGGCCUGAUGACUGCUAUGGUUCUACUCUGGGUUUUCAUGGGGCUAUUUGCUGGAUAUUCUUCUGCCCGUCUCUAUAAAAUGUUCAAAGGUUCAGAAUGGAAGAGGAUCACCUUGAAAACUGCUUUCAUGUUUCCUGGUAUUGUAUUUGCCAUUUUCUUUGUGCUGAAUGCUCUGAUAUGGGGUGAGAAGUCAUCGGGUGCUGUUCCCUUCGGAACCAUGUUUGCUUUGGUGUUUUUAUGGUUUGGCAUAUCUGUUCCUCUGGUUUUUGUCGGUAGCUACAUUGGCUACAAGAGGCCAGCUCUUGAAGAUCCCGUUAAGACAAACAAGAUCCCCCGGCAGAUACCUGAGCAAGCUUGGUACAUGCAGCCUGUAUUCUCUAUACUAAUUGGUGGGAUUCUUCCAUUUGGUGCUGUUUUCAUUGAGCUCUUCUUCAUCCUGACCUCAAUAUGGCUGAACCAGUUCUACUAUAUCUUUGGCUUCCUGUUCUUGGUCUUCCUCAUUCUCAUCAUAACCUGUGCUGAAAUUACAAUUGUUCUUUGCUACUUCCAGCUCUGCAGUGAGGACUAUCACUGGUGGUGGAGAGCCUAUUUGACUGCAGGAUCUUCUGCUCUCUACCUCUUUGCAUAUUCAGCAUUCUAUUUCUUCACAAAGUUGGAGAUAACCAAAUUUGUUUCAGGAGUUCUCUACUUUGGCUACAUGCUGAUUGCGUCUUACUCAUUUUUCGUAUUGACUGGCACGAUGGGUUUCUAUGCUUGCUUCUGGUUUGUCCGCAAGAUAUACUCAUCUGUGAAAAUUGACUGAUCAGGGUGUUGGAAAACAGGCGUUUGAAGCAGUCUUGUCAGCAUUUGGGAAGUUAUCAUAUUUAGUUGUGGUAAAAGAUCUUCGUCACAACAGAACAGGCUAUCAGUAGUGUUUUAAGGCAAAUAUAGCAUGGUGUAGGACUUUGCUUAUUGUAUUCCACUCUUAUUAUUUUUGGACGCGUUCUUUGUAUCUUUGUUCACUCAGAAUCCAUCUAUAUCGAAUGAAUUAAAACACUUUUGAAGAA